CCCGGGCGCAGGCGUACUCGUCUCUCUUCCGUCCUGCUUCCUCAGCCCUGGAGCUCGGCGGGGCUUGGGUGGGUCUCGACCGCGGCGGCACCGGCGGCGGCGAUAGUGACAGUGACUGCGUGAGACUCGGACGGAAAUGGCGAUGGCGAUGUCGGACAGUGGGGCGACCCGCCUGCGGCGGCAUCUGGAGUCGGGGGGCUUUGAGGCGCGGAUGUACGUGAAGCAGCUCUCGCAGCAGUCAGACGGGGACCGGGACCUGCAGGAGCACCGGCAGCGCAUCCAGGCGCUGGCGGAGGAGACGGCGCAGAACCUGAAGCGCAACGUCUACCAGAACUACCGGCAGUUCAUAGAGACGGCCCGCGAGAUCUCCUACCUGGAGAGCGAGAUGUAUCAGCUCAGCCAUCUGCUGACCGAGCAGAAGAGCAGCCUGGAGAGCAUCCCGCUUACCCUGCUGCCGGCUGCCGCCGCCGCUGGCGCUGCUGCGGCCUCCGGAGGGGAGGAAGGGGGAGGUGGCGCGGGGGGCCGAGACCACCUGCGGGGCCAGGCUGGCUUUUUUCCCACUCCCGGGGGUGCCUCCCGCGACAGUUCGGGUCAGGGCGAGGAAGGGAAGCAGCGCACUCUCACCACCCUACUCGAGAAGGUGGAAGGCUGCAGGCACCUGCUGGAGACGCCGGGGCAGUACCUGGUGUACAACGGGGACCUGGUGGAAUACGAAGCUGACCACAUGGCCCAGCUGCAGCGGGUGCACGGCUUUCUCAUGAACGACUGUUUGCUGGUGGCCACCUGGCUGCCGCAGCGGCGGGGGAUGUAUCGCUACAACGCUCUCUAUCCCCUGGAUGGUUUGGCCGUGGUCAAUGUCAAGGACAACCCGCCCAUGAAGGACAUGUUCAAGCUGCUGAUGUUUCCCGAGAGCCGUAUUUUUCAGGCGGAAAAUGCUAAAAUCAAACGAGAAUGGCUGGAAGUGCUGGAGGAAACCAAGAGGGCCCUCAGUGAAAAAAGACGAAGGGAGCAGGAGGAGGCCGCAGCCCCGCGAGGACCGCCCCAGGUGACUUCCAAGCCCAGUAACCCAUUUGAGGAGGAAGACGACGACGAACCAGCUGUUCCUGAGGUAGAAGAGGAGAAGGUGGAUCUCUCACUGGAAUGGAUCCAGGAGUUGCCUGAAGACCUGGAUGUCUGUAUUGCCCAGAGGGACUUUGAAGGAGCCGUUGAUCUGCUGGAUAAGUUGAACCAUUACCUGGAGGAUAAGCCCAGUCCACCUCCUGUGAAAGAACUAAGGGCCAAAGUGGAUGAGCGGGUCCGGCAGCUCACGGAGGUGCUCAUGUUUGAGCUCUCCCCAGAUCGUUCCCUGAGAGGUGGUCCCAAGGCUACUCGAAGGGCAGUUUCUCAACUAAUCCGGCUUGGCCAGUGCACAAAGGCUUGUGAGCUGUUUUUGAGAAACAGGGCAGCGGCUGUGCACACUGCAAUACGUCAGCUUCGCAUCGAAGGUGCCACCUUACUCUACAUUCAUAAGCUGUGCCAUGUCUUCUUUACCAGCCUUCUUGAGACUGCCCGGGAAUUUGAGACGGAUUUCGCAGGCACUGACAGUGGCUGCUACUCUGCCUUUGUGGUCUGGGCGAGGUCGGCCAUGGGCAUGUUCGUGGAUGCUUUUAGCAAGCAGGUGUUUGAUAGUAAGGAGAGCCUCUCUACCGCAGCUGAGUGCGUGAAAGUGGCCAAGGAGCAUUGUCAGCAACUGGGUGACAUUGGGCUCGACCUCACCUUCAUCAUCCAUGCCCUUCUGGUGAAAGACAUCCAAGGGGCCUUGCACAGUUACAAAGAAAUCAUCAUCGAGGCCACUAAGCAUCGCAACUCUGAGGAGAUGUGGAGGAGGAUGAACUUGAUGACCCCAGAGGCCCUGGGCAAGCUCAAAGAGGAGAUGAAGACUUGUGGGGUCCGAAACUUCGAGCAGUACACCGGGGAUGACUGCUGGGUGAACCUGAGUUACACCGUGGUUGCCUUCACCAAACAGACCAUGGGCUUCUUGGAAGAAGCCCUGAAGCUGUAUUUCCCAGAGCUGCACAUGGUACUUUUGGAGAGCCUGGUGGAAAUCAUCUUGGUUGCCGUGCAGCAUGUGGAUUACAGCCUUCGGUGUGAGCAGGAUCCAGAGAAAAAGGCUUUUAUCAGACAGAAUGCAUCCUUUCUCUAUGAGACCGUCCUCCCGGUGGUGGAGAAGAGGUUUGAAGAAGGUGUGGGGAAACCUGCCAAGCAACUCCAGGACCUGAGGAAUGCAUCCAGACUUAUUCGUGUGAACCCUGAAAGUACAACGUCAGUGGUCUGAUGCCCCUGGCGCUCUAUCCUCCAGUUGUGAUUCUUGUCCAAAAGUGCCAUUUCUGAUGCUGAGGACUUCCAAAGGUCAUGUCUUUUAUUUGAAUUCAAAUAGUGGUGUUAAGACUGGAAAUUAUGUAAAACCUAAAAUAGCUUCCAAGAGUGGCUUAGGGUUUGUGAAGCUCCUUGACUCAGUUACUCGCUGCCAGAGGAGCCCUUUUAUUUAUUUUUAGCUAUGCAUUUUAAAAGUUGAAAAUUAUCAAAGUUACAGAUUUUCUUUGAUUACUUUUUUCACAUAAAUUUAGGAUUUUCUAGAUAAUAACCAUAACUGGAUAUCUCAGCUGAGCAAAAACAGUUAUAAUUUGUCUUUUUUAAGAUCACUGGAAACGAAUUUGGUAACAGUGUUAUGAUUAUUUUGUGCAACUUAUGGUUUCUAAAAUUAUAUUGUAUAAAACACGUGUAAAUAUCUGGUGCUGGGUCCAUGAAAUAAUACUUCUGAAAUCAAAACUUAAGGCAUGAAGUUGUAAAAACUUAAAUGUGUGUGCUCAGAUAUUUAAAUGGUUGCUUCUUCAUAGAACUGUCUGCUUUCUAAAACUGGAAGUACAGAAUUUUCUUUGGGUAAAAUUUGUGUGUUCCUUAAUCAAAGUUGUAGCUGAAGGAAGUCUGCUGGUGGUGAUUCAAUUAGUGUGGGAAGUUGAUCAAAGUCCACCAGUAUCAUAAUGUCUCUUCCCUCUAAUUCUUGUUUCGUUAGACUCCAAAACAAAUCCUAAAAAUUGAAUGCAGUUAGAGUUUGUCCAAAAAUAUAGCACAUAAUUGUAAUGUACCACUAUAGAGUUGAUUGCCUUUUCUUGUCUGCUUCAAACAUAACACUGUCACUCGAGCUUGGAAUCACAGACUUGAUUGAACUAAUUACUGUUGAAAAAAAGACACUGUGGAAUUAAGUCUCUUUUUGAUUAAAGCCUCGUUUCACUUAAAGUGCUGAACACUUCUUUUUGUUUAAAAUACUACCUAUAGUUAAAUUAUCGGCACUUGUAUUUUGCUUACCUAGGAUUGGGAAUUUGGGACUUGACAUGAGGUAUAAAAUCAGUAUAUGUACAUUUUGCUUAUUGAUACGCUGUGAUAUGAGGGAAUCUGAAAUGUUUAUCAAAAUAAAGCUUAAAAUUUUUCUUA